AUGGAGCUGUUUGAGAAAAAAGCUAUGUCAUUGAUUUCCUUACUACUACUGAUUAUGAUUUCAUCAUUAGCAAUAGAAGGAGAAGCGAGAGCGAAUCUUCCCUCUACAAAAAAUGACAACAAUGAAAAUUCUAGCGGUGAUGAAAAAAUCGGAGGCGUAUUCGUAUAUAAAACGACGGUUCAAAUCUUCAACAAUUUGGACAAUCAAAACCAACUUACAGUUCAUUGCAAGUCCGCUGAUGAUGAUUUAGGUGCUCAUGUUGUGGCCAACAAUCAAGAUUACGAGUUUAAAUUCCGAAUCAAUUUUGCAGGUACUACUUUGUAUUUCUGUGGUCUUACCUGGGUUGGUGGAACAGGAUCGUAUGACAUUUUUAGAGCAAGCAGAGAUUCAUUCAGAUGCGCCUCAAAGUGUGUUUGGAGGGCUCAUAACGAUGGAAUUUAUGGCUUCAAAGAGGGUUCAAAUCAAACGACUGCUGAUAUCAUUUACAAAUGGUCUUAA